AUGGCUCUGCGACACUGUCCUGAAGGGGCUGGAGCUGCCGACACAGCAGGUGUGCAGGAACCUGGGGCUCCAGGUGGUAGAGCUCAGGCUGGUCCUGGUGGGGACAGUUGGGGCGAUGCCAUCAAGAAAGAGGGAAUCAACUCUGCCCAGAUCCCAGACAAGUUGCCUAAGAAGACUCCAAAGACAGUGGGCAAGAGCCGUGGGCCCGGGGGCAGCUGUGAGUUCUGUGGGAAACGUUUCACCGACAGCAGCAGCCUGACUGUGCACCGGCGCUCACACACCGGGGAGCGGCCCUAUACCUGCGACCUCUGCUCCUUUGCCUGUGCCCAGGGGAGCAAGCUUAGCCGCCACCGCCGCAUACAUGGUCUGGGGCCCGGCGGUGCCCGCUUUGAGUGCCCCCACUGCCAUGUGCCCUUCCGCCUGCGGGCCACCCUGGACAAACACCUGUGGCAGAAGCACCCCCAAGCAGGCCGGGAGGCCUUCGUGGCAGGAAUGCCCUUCCCCCCUGCUGUCCCUGAGACUCCGCUGCUGGGCCCGUCAGAGGUGGCUGCAGCCAGGUCAGCAGUGGUGGGGCAGCAAGUGGAGGCCCAGGGCUCCGGGGCGAACAGCCUCCCCCUGCGGAGCCCCACCUGCGCUGUGUGCAUGAAGACCCUCAGCUCCUUCAGCAACUUCAAGGUGCACAUGCACCUGCACACGGGCGAGCGGCCUUACGCCUGUGACCAGUGUUCUUAUGCCUGUGCCCACAGCAGCAAGCUCAACCGCCACAAGAAGACCCACCACGGGCAGCUGCAGCCUCAGAGCCUCUACACGGCCAAGGCCAGUCAGGAACAGGCCUCAGCUGCGCCUCCAUAUACUCUUAAUAUUGGGGCUGAGAAUGGCACCGAAUCUAACAGUUAUUAA